AUGUUCAGUCCCAAUCACACGGCGGUGUCUGAGUUCAUGCUUUCAGGAUUUAUGAACCUUCCAAUGCUGCAAGUCCCCCUUUUCAUUGUGUUCUUGGUGAUUUAUGUAAUCACGGCGGUGGGGAAUCUUGGGAUGAUCGUGUUAGUCAAAGUGGAUCCUCAACUCCACACCCCAAUGUACUUCUUCCUCAGUAACUUGUCCUUCACCGACUUCUGCUAUUCCUCGUCUGUCACUCCCAAAGCUCUGGAGAAUUUCCUGUCAGCAAGAAAAGCCAUUUCCUUCGCUGGAUGCUUUGUGCAAAUGUAUGUGUUUAUUGCUAUGGCCACUACGGAGUGUAUCCUCUUUGCAUUAAUGGCUUACGACCGCUAUGUGGCUAUCUGUAAUCCCCUGCUCUACACAGCCGUUAUGACUGAGAAAUUCUGUCUCAAGAUGGCAGCGGGUGCGUACACGGUGGGUUUCUUGAAUUCCAUGGUACACACCGUAUUCACAAGCACUUUGUCCUUCUGCCGCUCCAACGUCAUUGAUCAUUUCUUCUGCGAAAGCCUCCCUCUCCUCAAGCUCUCUUGCUCCGACACCCAUAUCAAUGAGAGUGUCAUUUUCAUUUGUGCGGGGCUAAACAUGGUGGGCACCCUGCUGAUAAUCCUGAGCUCUUACACGUGCAUUCUCACCACCAUCCUGAGGAUCCGCUCUGCUGAGAGCAGGCGCAAGGUCUUCUCUACCUGCACCUCCCACCUGAUGGCUGUUGUUUUGUUCUACGGCACGAUGAUCUUUAUAUAUUUACGACCCAGCUCCAGCUACUCCCAUGAUCAAGACCAGGUGGCCUCCGUGUUCUAUACAGUGGUUAUCCCCAUGCUGAACCCCCUAAUCUACAGCCUGAGGAACAAGGAGGUGAGGGACGCCCUGAGGAGAGCGAUGGGGUGGAAAAUGUUUCCUCAGUUACUGUUAAUGGGUCUUUAAUGGAUGAUUAUGCUCAAAUUCUGGGGCAUAAUACAC